AUGAGAUUGAGUCAGUUGUUGAAGAAAUUUUGGGAAACCUUAUCCAAAGGAGCAAUCAUAUGGUACCAUAACUUACCUCCAAAUUCUAUUCAUUCAUUUGCUAUGCUUGCAUACGCCUUCGUUAAAGCCCAUGCUGGCAUUAUCAAGGUCGAGACGAGGAAAUCGGACCUCUUCAAAGUCAAGCAAAGGGACAAUGAGAUGCUUAGGGAGUUCGUGUCGAGGUUCCAGAUAGAACAGAUGGACAUGCCCCCGGAACCAGUCAAAGAUCAGAGUCGAGGACGACCAGCUGGGGGGCCCUCGGGGACUAUUUACCCCAAUAGAGUGAAUGAAAGGUCUAAAAGAAUUAUGGAUCAGGAGCCAAGGCUGACCCGAGAUCGGUAUCAACCAUACAGCUUGGAUAGAAGGGGAAACGGACCCGGUCGCCACCCGACCAGGAACGACAAGAGAAGAGACCAAGGACCUAGCAACCGAGGUCUGAUGAGUAAGAACGGUUUUGACAUAUCACUUGGCCCCAGACUAUCGGAAUAUAACUUCAAUGUUGAUACAUGGAGUAUAGUAUCGGCCAUCGGCCACAUCAAGGAGAUCAAAUGGCGAAGACCACUCCAAUCUGAUCCCGCACAGAGAGAUCACAACUUGAUAUAUAAAUACCACGGUACUCACUAUCACAGGACCGAGGAUUGUCGAUAG